AUGGAGGAUGUGAAUGUCCAAGUCCUGGACAAAAAAAACAAUAGCACCGUUGAGAGACAAGAUACACAGCCUAAAGCUUCUCAUUCUGCAAAGUCCGACACUGUAUUUGAGCGAUAUAUCAACCCCACUGCUAUUGUAAAUUUUGGAUUUACGCUGCAGGCCGCUUGGGAGUGCGACGCUGUAUUAUUCCAGAUCAGUUUGCUUAAUGGCGGUCCAGCAUCGUUGGUUUAUGGAAGUAUCUUGGCGGGUCUAGGAACAACAGCAAUUUCUACUUCACUAGCAGAAUUGGCAUCAUUGGAUCCGAUUGUGGGAGCGCAAUAUCGAUGGUCAGCCGCAUUUGCACCAUUCAGUCCCAAAUUCUGGGGGCUGUUCCAAGGGAUAACGGUCACAGCGGCUAGUACGUCCUAUUUGGCCAAUGUUGUCAUCGGCCUUGCAGUGUUUAACCACCCGAACUAUGACCCCCAACGAUGGCAUACAACUAUGUGCAUGAUUGCAUUUACAAUUGUACCCGUGAUUGCCAACUUCUACCUUCGAAGCCUGUUAACUACCCUCGAGAUGAUUGGAGGUAUUAUUCAUGUUAUAUUCUUCAUUGUCACAAUUGUCGUCAUGGUGACGCUAUCGGAACGCAGUACAACUGGAUUUGUGUUCGGUAACCUUUGGACCGAUAUCAGCGGUUGGACAAACCCAGGUGUUGCUUUCAGCCUUGGACUUUUGACAGUAGCCUUCCCAAUCACCUCUUUCGAUGGAGUUUUGCACAUGAGGGACGAAGUGCAGGGCGCGAGAACUCGGGUACCUCGAAGCAUGAUCACAGCAGUGGUCUUGAACAGUUUUAUGCAAUUCGGCUUCUGUGUCGCCUUGAUGUACUGUAUUGGAGAAGUGGACAAGGUUACAAGCUCACCAACUGGACUUCCAAUCAUCGAAGUUCUUUUCGAAUGUACGAAGUCUAAACCUGCGACGAAUUUCCUGCUUGUUAUGAUAGCUUUCGUUCUCUUCGUCUCGCUCUUCAACAUCCUCGCCUCUGCUGCUAGAUUAACAUGGGCGUUCGCUCGCGACAAUGGUCUACCGUUCUCGAAGACAUUCGCCUAUGUCCAUCCUACGUUAAAGAUCCCCAUCAAUGCACUCCUACUAGUGGGCUUUAUCAUGUGCCUGCUGGCUCUCAUCUAUAUUGGAUCAAUUACGGCUUUCAACGCUCUGAUUUCCCUUCCUACGAUUGCGUUAUACAUGUCGUACUUCAUUCCUAUCUUGUUUAUCGUCAUCAGGAAACUUCAGGGUCGGCAUCCGAAUUAUGGGCCAUUUAAACUUGGCCGUUGGGGACUUCCGAUUAAUAUGUUCGCCAUGACCUACAUUCUUUACAUGUUGACUUUCGUUGGCUUCCCGACAGAGGUGCCAGUGACAGCGGACAAUAUGAAUUACGCCGGCCCGCUGGUGAUUGCACUUAUCCUACUAGCAGUUGGUGACUUUUUCGUUACGGGGAGGAAGCGCUUCGUAGUUCCUACUGCGCCGUCGGCGAGGGACGACGAUUAG